UCAUCAUCAGCUCCUCCCCCACCAUCAUCAUCAUCAUCAUCAGCUCCUCCCCCACCAUCAUCAUCAUCAUCAUCAGCUCCUCCCCCCUCCCCACCACCAUCAUCAUCAUCAUCAUCAUCAGCUCCUCCCCCAUCAUCAUCAUCAUCAUCAUCAUCAGCUCCUCCCCCCCCCACCACAUCAUCAUCAUCAGCUCCUCCCCCAUCAUCAUCAUCAUCAUCAUCAGCUCCUCCCCCACCAUCAUCAUCAUCAUCAUCAGCUCCUCCCCCACCACCAUCAUCAUCAUCAUCAGCUCCUCCCCCAUCAUCAUCAUCAUCAUCAGCUCCUCCCCCACCAUCAUCAUCAUUCAGCUCCUCCCCACCAUCAUCAUCAUCAUCAUCAUCAUCAGCUCCUCCCCCACCAUCAUCAUCAUCAUCAGCAGCUCCUCCCACCUCAUCAUCAUCAUCAGCUCCUCACCCACCACCAUCAUCAUCAUCAUCAUCAUCAGCUCCUCCACCAUCAUCAUCAUCAUCAUCAUCAUCAUCAGCUCCUCCCCCACCAUCAUCAUCAUCAUCAUCAUCAGCUCCUCCCCCACCAUCA